AUGAACAACAUCGACGAUUACUAUGUCGGGCUUCAACACGCCAACGAACACAGAGGUGAGAUUGUCAACUCCGAUAAGCAUGACGAUACCAUUUUCCUGAUAAUGCAAAAUAGUACGUACUUCUACAUGUACGGCUGGAACAGCCAUGUUCCGCUACAGUCAAGCCAGACGCUUCUCGAGCUGAACAAAGGUGACAUUCUCAUUCUCCGUGGUGAUUGCAGUUUUGCAAUGGCCCGCGGCGUGGCUACGAACACGGUAAUUCAGGUGUACAUCGACACGCCGCAACUCGUGCGACCCUACUAUUAG